AUAAAUAUAGUGCAUGUAUAAAUAUGCUGCAGGAUGUAUACAGAUGAAUAUACUAACAGGAUCAAACCUCAUCAAACCGUCUUCCUUCAGCUCAGUGUCGCUCUGCGUGUGUUCGUCCUCUGGCGGUCCACGCCUCCCUGCAAGCGUCCCGCCUCCGUCCUUUGCUUCAUCGUAGCUUCGCCGACCACAUCCAUCCACAAACACACACACACACUCUCUGACACACACACACAUACACUGUGAUCUCCUCUGCUCUGCAGCUCGCUCCGUCUGUCGCGAUGGACUCUGAGAACGACGUCCUGAUGAAAGAGAGCAUCAAGAUGAUGACCGACAUGAUCGUCCUAUGCGUCACGCUGGCGCUGUCCCUCUUCUUCUGGGUCGUGUCGUUGACCAUCAGCACGUAUUACGGCACGCUGCAGCCUGUGUCUCCAUGGCGAUGGCUGUUCUCCAUCCUGGUCCCCCUCGUGGUGACGGUGAGAGCGCUGAAGAGACGGAGUCUGGACCGGACAGGAGCUCUGGGAGCUCUCCUGGUCGGCUUCGUGUUGACGAUGGCUAACUACAGCUUCUUCUCGUCCCUGCUCGCCUUCUUCAUCACCUCGUCGAGGCUGACGCGUUGGGGCGGAGAGCAGAAGAAGAAAAUAGAUCCCGAGUACAAAGAAGGCGGUCAGAGGAACUGGAUCCAGGUCUUCUGUAACGGAGGAGUUCCCACGGAGCUCGCUCUGCUUUACAUGAUCGAGGUGGGUCCGGGUGAGAUCCCUGUCGACUUCAGUAAACAGUACUCCGCCUCGUGGAUGUGCCUCUCUCUUCUGGGUGCGCUCGCUUGCAGCACCGGGGACACCUGGUCGUCCGAGGUGGGGCCAGUCCUCAGCCAAUCACAGCCGAGGCUCAUCACCACCUGGAAGGAAGUCCCAGCAGGAACAAACGGAGGAGUCACUCCCGUCGGGUUGGUCGCCAGCUUCCUGGGCGGACUUGCGGUGGGCGUGGCUUACUUCCUAACGCAGCUCCUGUUGGUCAGCGACCUGCACCUGGCCGACCCGCAGUGGCCCAUCAUGGUGUACGCCGGCGUGGCCGGCCUGCUCGGCUCCAUGCUUGACUCUUUCAUCGGUGCUCACAUGCAGUACUCAGGCUUCGACUCGAGCGUUGGGAAGGUGGUGAGCUACGAGUCUGCGACCACGACGCGGAUCUGUGGGAAACCGAUCUUAGACAACAACGCCGUCAACCUGUUCUCCUCCGUCCUCAUCGCGCUCAUCCUGCCCGGGCUGGCGUGGGGGAUGUGGCCUCGAUAGACGAGGACAGAUCUCUAAGACAUUUGUUGGUGUGAUCACACAGACACUGUGUAUUAUGGGUCUCUGAUCAUGACACACAGUGUUUAAACUACAUGAUGAGCACGCAUUUAUCUGGCAGAACAACAGAACUUCACAUCUACUCGACUAACUUCAUCUUUCUUUAUGAUGAUGUCCAACUCCUUCGUUUGUUUGUCCUGAUGUAUCGAGCGCAGAUUUCUGCCCGUCUCUGAUAUUUGAAUAAAUCCUGUCAAAGUUUAAACUUCA